AUGCGAUGCGCGCUGAAGGCCAUGCGCACUAGCUUUGACGGUGAGAAGCCCGCGGAGGCAAGAUGCAAAGAGGUAAUGGUGCUGCACGACUAUAAUGAUGGGCCCAGUUUUCGGAUUCACGUUGUAGCAGCUUAUGUUCCCAACACGGUGCAGAUAGCCACGUACAUGGAUGAUUACCAAGCCAUACCGCGCAGCCUCGUCACCUUGAUACUGAUCCUUCGCAAAGAGAAGAUGAAGGAGGCCUUGUGCAACGAGGACGUCCGCUUUGCGUUGGUCUCCCUCUCUAGACUUCCGGUCUUCUCCCGCGACUUCGGCCUUGCUUUCAAGGCCGCAAAUGCUCCGGAACUGAUUUCAAGCUUCAGUGGUCGUGCGCUUUGUCGAUACCUCCGAGGGGACCACAUCGAGCGCCACGACGACCGGCAGUACACAGAUGUUUGUAUGGAUGAUGGCUCCACUGUACUCUGCUCGAGGACGGUGGCAGUCAUUUGGUACCUGACGCCUGACUGGCGCAAGGAGUGGGGUGGGGCAUUCCUUGACCUGGAGUCUGGUGAGGAGAUGCUGCCAGAGUUCAACACCCUGGUCGCCUUCAACGUCCCUCGCUUCCAUGCCAUGCCCCAAAAUGCUAAAGAUCAAAGGCUCUUCGUCUACUACGAGACUUUGGCCAACGGCUCACAUCCGAUUGCAUCGGCAUCUUUGGACAACGCUUCGGGGCUUUGUUUCUACCCCACGCUGAGCUGUGCGCAGCAGCCGUGCUGUCUCGUGGAUGGUUGGGUUCAUGACGCCGAAAGCCACUCCACUGCGUAUGUAAACUACGGGUCCAUGACCGUGUACAUCCUGUUCACGGUUUGGCUCCAGCGGUGGCUGAAGAAGAAUGAGGCAGAUGCCGAGUCUCAGGCCAUCCCAAUUCCUGACGCGCCCAGCGGUGUCCCGGAGCAUCUGAACUUGCUGGGCGUCUACCUGGGCGUGAUCGCGACAGUCAUUGUUGGCAUUGCUAUGGCGGAGAGCACACAGCUAGCGCUUCCGGUCCCGGAAAGGAAUUCCAUGCUGGCUGCCACAGCCUUUCUGACCCCGGUAAAGGACAUCUUCCAGUUCUUGGAGGACACCACCACAGUGAAGAUCACCCACGCGAUGGGUGUUGGAGACAUCUCGGGCGUGCGGUCUAUCUUCAAGAUGGGCGUGCUCGGCGGACUGGCCUGUGGGGUCGUAGGCGCAGCGCUGAUGACCCUGCUGGCCUACUGGCCCACUGCCAUAGAGGUGCUCUUAGCGCCAGGUUCGUCGCAAGCUCAGCGGGAAAAUCCGGGCUGUCAUUUGCUGCCGUCAGCCACGGAGGUGGUUGCUACAGCGAGAGGGCUGUGGCUACUCACGAGUUGGUCAUGGCCGUUCCAGUUUGUUGCCAUGGUGCUGACUGGGCUUCUGAUGGGUGCCCGGGAGUUUGCGUUGUUCGGCUUGGCGAACAUCCUUUGCCAGAUGACCCUGGCUGGGACGUGGUUCUUCGGGCCGAAGCCACAGGACCUGCCUCUGCUCGGCUUUGCGGGCUUCGCCGCAAACGUUGUGCUGGUGGCUGUCAUGGCCCUGGCGGUUGUCCUGAACC